ACCGCAGCUCGGCUCCCAUUCAUGCUGAGCGCUGCUCUCCUGUGCGCACGGAUCUGCAGAGCUGAGCUUUGGAACCGGUGCCAUCGCUGGCGUCUGACUGAGGAACCCGCCGGGAAUGACAAUGUCUCCUGCUGCAACUCUUCCAUCCUAAUAAAGAAAGAAACAGGACGUACGCCAAGGACGCUUUGGUCAGACUGGCAACAGACGAGGCUGAAGAUCACGGGGAUGAUGUUGUAAAAAGAGAACAGCGGAGAGAGGAGGAAAGAAAAGGAAGACGAUCGCCUGGAAACUCUUCUUUUGUACCGUCGUUCCCUGCAGUCCUCUAACGCCCUGACUGACACUGUGGAGGAUUACACAGUCAAAGAUACACACUAACACCCACACGUUACCUCCUCCCCUCCCCUCACUGCCAUGUCCUCCCACCUGAACCCACCCCGUCUCAUCCUCCCUGUCUUCUAUCUACUCCUUUCCCUUUCCAUGCCCUCCUCCACCUCCUCCACCACCACCACCUCCACCCUUUCCUCGUCCGCCCCCCUCCUCUCCUUCGCCCCACCUGAAGGAGGCCUCACACAUUUGGUGGUCCACAACUACACGGGAGAGGUUUACCUGGGUGCUGUCAACUGGAUCUUUAAGCUUUCCAGCAACCUCACCAAGCUGAGGAGCCAUGUCACCGGCCCUGUGACAGACAACCCUCGCUGUUACCCUCCGCCUGGUGUCCAGUCCUGCCCCCACGAGCUGGUGCAAACCUCCAAUGUCAAUAAACUCCUGCUACUUGAUGCUGCCCACAACCGCUUAAUUGCCUGUGGAAGUACUUCCCAGGGAAUUUGCCAGUUCUUGCGUCUGGAUGAUUUGUUUAAACUCGGUGAGCCCCACCAUCGUAAAGAGCAUUAUCUAUCCAGUGUUGCUGAAGCAAGCACCAUGUCGGGUGUUGUGAUCUCCCCGGAUAUUUUCGGUGAAGGUGGGAAGCUGUUUGUUGGCACGCCAAUUGAUGGGAAAUCUGAGUACUUCCCAACACUGUCCAGCCGCAAGUUAAUGUCCAACGAGGAGAAUGCUGAUAUGUUCAGCUUCGUCUACCAGGAUGAAUUUGUUUCCUCGCAGCUCAAGAUUCCCUCCGACACACUCUCCAAGUUCCCAGCAUUUGACAUCUACUACAUCUACGGCUUCCACAGUGAGCAGUUUGUGUAUUAUCUCACCUUACAGCUUGACACCCAGCUCACCUCGCCUGAUGCAAGCAGUGAACAGUUCUUCACCUCGAAGAUUGUUCGUCUAUGCGUUGACGAUCCCAAGUUCUACUCCUACAUUGAGUUCCCCAUCGGCUGCACCAAGGACGGAGUGGAAUACCGCUUAGUUCAGGAUGCUUAUCUCGCCCGGCCGGGGGCCCGUUUGGCCCGUUCGCUUGGCAUUCCAGAGCAUGAAGAGGUUCUGUUUACUGUUUUCGCCCAGGGUCAGAAGAACAGAGCCAAACCGCCCAAGGAGUCAGCUCUGUGUCUGUUCACAAUGAGGCGGAUAAAGGAGAAGAUUAAAGAGAGGAUUCAGUCGUGCUACAGAGGAGAAGGGAAACUCUCCCUGCCAUGGCUGCUCAACAAGGAGCUCAUCUGCAUCAACUCGCCGCUGCAGAUUGACGAUAACUUCUGCGGCCAGGACUUCAACCAGCCUUUAGGGGGCACCACCCCCAUCGAGGGCAUCCCCCUUUAUGUGGACAAGGACGACGGAAUGACGUCUGUGGCGGCCUAUAAUUACCGUGGACACACUGUGGCGUUCACUGGCACUCGCAGCGGACGGAUGAAGAAGAUCCUUGUGAACUCCAUUGUCCAGCCUGCCUUGUUGUAUGAGAAUGUGGUGGUGAGCGAGGGAAGCCCCAUCCUCAGAGAUCUGCUCUUCAGCCCAGACCACCAGUACUUAUAUGCCCUCACCGACAAACAGGUUACACUUGUUCCGGUGGAGAGCUGUGAGCAGUACACUUCCUGUGGAGCCUGUCUGGGAUCAGGAGAUCCUCACUGUGGCUGGUGUGUGCUGCAUAAUAUAUGUUCAAGGAAGGAUCGCUGUGAGCGAGCGGAGGAACCCCAGCGUUUCACCACCAGAGCGGAGCAGUGCGUCCGGAUGUCCGUCCAACCCGACACCAUCUCUGUCACCAUGUCAGAAGUACAGCUGGUGCUUCAGACCCAGAAUGUCCCCAGUCUGUCUGCUGGAGUGAACUGCUCCUUCGAGGACUAUGUGGAGACGGAGGGACGCAUUUACGGUGGACGGAUCUACUGCCUGUCUCCUUCUACAAAAGAAGUCGCCCCCAUCACUCGAGACCAGGGUGAUCGACGUGUAAUUAAGCUGUAUCUGAAGUCAAAGGAGACAGGAAAGAAGUUUGCCAGCGUGGACUUUGUGUUCUACAACUGCAGCGUUCACCAAUCGUGUCUGUCGUGUGUCAAUGGAAACUUCCCCUGUUACUGGUGCAAAUAUCGCCACAUGUGCACACAGGAUGCCAGCGACUGCUCCUUCCAAGAGGGACGAGUCAACUCCUCCGAGGAGUGUCCUCAGAUCCUUCCCUCCACCCAAAUCUACAUCCCCGCUGGAGUCAUGAGGCCCAUCACACUGCUGGCCCAGAACCUGCCGCAGCCUCAGUCGGGACAGAGGAACUACGAGUGCAUCUUUCACAUCCAGGGCAACACACACAGUGUCCCGGCUCUGAGGUUCAACAGCACCAGCAUACAGUGUCAGAAGACCACGUACGACUACGAGGGCGGCGACAUCAGCGACCUGCCCGUCGACCUCUCCGUGGUGUGGAACGGCAACUUCGUCAUCGACAACCCCUUCAACAUUCAAGCUCAUCUGUACAAGUGCAGAGCACUGCGGGACAGCUGUGGCAUGUGCCUGAAGGCUGACCCCAGGUUUGAAUGUGGCUGGUGUGUCCAGGACAGGAAGUGCUCCCUCCGGCAGGAGUGCACCAGCGGAGGAAAUUCCCACCUCCCACUCGCGCUGGCAGAAGGUGGAGGAUGGAUGCAUGCCACGCUUGGAAACAGCCGCUGCACCCAUCCAAAGAUCACAAAGUUGUUUCCUGAGACGGGGCCUCGCCAAGGAGGAACCAGGGUGACCAUCCUGGGGGAGAACCUGGGUCUGCAGUUCAGAGACAUUCAGCCGGGCGUCAGGUUGGGCAAAGUGCCCUGUGUGCCGAUCGAGGAGGAAUACGUGAGUGCAGAGAGAAUAGUGUGUCUGCUGAACGAUGCGACAGGCUACAGGGUUCAAGAGGCCCAGGUGGAGGUGUGUGUGAGAGACUGCGCCAGUGACUAUAGAGCCCUGUCCCCAAGGCCAUUCACCUUUGUGACUCCAUACUUCACCCGUAUCCAGCCUUCUCAAGGGCCCAUUUCUGGCGGCACCCGGGUCACCAUCGAGGGAAGCAACCUCAACGCAGGCAGCUACGUGUCUGUCAGCAUUGGACCACAGCCCUGCUACUUCAAAAGGAGAAAUGCCCGUGAGAUCGUGUGUGUCACGCCGGCUGGUUUGACGCCAGGCACGUCAUCGGUGCUGGUGGACAUUGACGACGCUGAGCUGAGAAACCCUGAAGUCAAGUUUAACUACACUGACGACCCCACCGUUCUGAGGAUCGAACCUGACUGGAGUAUUGCCAGUGGCGGGACUCUGCUGACAGUAAGCGGGACCAACCUCGCAACCAUCCGAGAACCAAAGAUCAGGGCCAAGUAUGGACAGGCAGAAUCCUUUCAUAACUGUACGGUGUAUAACAACUCCGUCAUGGUGUGCCUCGCUCCAUCGGUGGCCGAUUCAGAGCUCAGUUUUUUGGAGACCGGCACUGGCCCGGAUGAGAUCGGGUUCUACAUGGACAACGUGAACGCUCUGGUUGUGGUGAAUGAGACGUUCAGCUACUACCCCGACCCCGUCUUUGAACCACUGAGUCCCUCUGGAAUACUGGAGCUAAAACCCACAUCCCCUCUCAUUCUUAAGGGUCGUAACUUGAUCCCAGCGGCGCCAGGUAACAGUCGUCUGAACUACACGGUGCUGAUUGGGGAAACUCCCUGUGUACUCACCCUGUCUGAGAGCCAGCUGCUGUGUGAAUGGCCCAACCUCACUGGACAACACAAAGUCACGAUCCGUGCUGGAGGUUUUGAGUAUUCCCCCGGGACUCUACACAUAUACUCCGACAGCCUCCUGACACUUCCCGCCAUCAUCGGCAUCGGAGGGGGUGGAGGCCUUCUUCUCUUGGUCAUCAUCGCCGUGCUGAUAGCCUAUAAGAGGAAGUCGAGGGACGCCGACCGCACGCUCAAACGGCUGCAGCUUCAGAUGGACAACCUGGAGUCCAGAGUGGCCCUGGAGUGUAAAGAAGCCUUUGCUGAGCUUCAGACAGACAUCCAUGAGCUGACUCAGGAGCUGGACGGGGCCGGGAUUCCCUUCCUGGACUAUCGGACGUAUGCGAUGAGGGUCCUGUUCCCUGGGAUCGAGGACCACCCCGUGCUCAAGGAGAUGGAGGUACGGGUCCCAGCCAAUGUUGAAAAGGCACUCACGCUGUUCGGCCAGCUGCUGACCAAGAAACACUUCCUGUUGACGUUCAUACGGACCCUGGAGGCUCAGAGGUCAUUUUCUAUGCGGGACAGGGGCAACGUGGCGUCUCUGAUCAUGACCGCCCUGCAGGGGGAGAUGGAGUACGCCACCGGCGUCCUGAAGCAGCUGCUUUCUGACCUGAUAGACCGAAACCUGGAGAGCAAAAACCAUCCCAAACUGCUGCUGCGGCGGACGGAGUCUGUCGCCGAGAAAAUGCUGACCAACUGGUUCACGUUCCUCCUGUACAAGUUCCUCAAGGAGUGCGCCGGGGAGCCUCUGUUCAUGCUGUACUGUGCCAUCAAGCAGCAGAUGGAGAAGGGACCCAUCGAUGCCAUCACAGGAGAAGCCCGCUACUCCCUCAGUGAGGACAAGCUCAUCAGGCAACAGAUUGACUACAAAACCCUGACGUUGCACUGUGUAAACCCAGAAAAUGACCACACCUCCGAGGUGACGGUGAAGUGUCUGAACUGUGACACCAUCACUCAGGUCAAAGAGAAGCUGCUGGAUGCCGUUUAUAAGGGCAGCCCAUAUUCACAACGGUCAAAGGCUUCCGACAUGGACCUGGAAUGGCGUCAAGGUCGGAUGGCCAGAAUCAUCCUGCAAGAUGAAGACGUCACCACCAAGAUUGACAAUGACUGGAAAAGACUCAACACGCUGGCUCACUAUCAGGUGACAGACGGCUCAGUGAUCGCCUUGGUGCCAAAGCAGAACUCUGCCUACAACAUCUCCAACUCGUCCACCUUCACCAAGAGCCUCAGUAGAUACGAGAGUAUGCUGAGGACGGCCAGCAGUCCAGACAGCCUGCGAUCCCGAACACCGAUGAUCACUCCUGACCUGGAGAGUGGCACCAAGCUGUGGCAUCUGGUGAAGAACCACGACCACUCUGACCAGAGGGAGGGCGACCGGGGCAGCAAGAUGGUCUCGGAGAUCUACCUGACCAGGCUGCUCGCAACGAAGGGUACGUUACAGAAGUUUGUGGACGACCUUUUCGAGACCAUCUUCAGCACGGCCCACAGAGGCAGCGCGCUGCCACUGGCCAUUAAGUACAUGUUCGACUUCCUGGACGAACAGGCCGACAAACACUCGAUCAACGACUACGACGUGCGACACACUUGGAAGAGCAACUGUCUUCCUCUGCGGUUCUGGGUGAACGUGAUCAAGAACCCCCAGUUUGUAUUCGACAUCCACAAGAACAGCAUCACAGACGCGUGUCUGUCCGUGGUGGCCCAGACCUUCAUGGACUCCUGUUCGACGUCAGAACACAAACUGGGAAAAGACUCGCCUUCGAAUAAGCUUCUCUAUGCUAAAGACAUCCCCAACUACAAGAACUGGGUGGAGAGGUAUUACUCCGAUAUCUCCCGUAUGCCGGCCAUCAGUGAUCAGGACAUGAGUGCCUACCUAGCAGAGCAGUCCCGCCUGCACCUCAGUCAGUUCAACAGCAUGUCGGCGCUGCACGAGAUCUACUCCUACAUCAUCAAAUACAAAGACGAGAUCCUUUCGGCGUUACAGAAGGACGAACAGUCGCGCAGACAGCGGCUACGGGGAAAGCUGGAGCAGGUGAUCGACACCAUGGCUCUGGCUAGCUGAGGACCGGCCAAUCCCCGCGCCUUGGCCGGCGGAGAACCCGGCCAACCGACACGCCUUCCCUGACAACCUUCUGACGCCCGUGACAUUUUAACCCUCGAUGUUUGAAGUCUGUCGCCCUCCCAAACAACUACCGACAGCAGCAGAAAAAGACUGCCAGGACACAGGCACCCAGCAGCAGCAGCACACUGGAGAGACAGCAGAGUUUGGAACUGAGGCCCCGCCGGCUGGGUUGACCUUUUGUUUUUGUCGUUUUUUUUCUUAUUCUUCUGAGCCACCAACCCUGUCAUGAACAACCAAAAUCAAAUGCACCAUCAGCCUCAGCAGAUAUAGUCCUCAGCUCAGGAGAGGGGUUGUUUUCAUCAAGGCCCUCAUCACAUCUAGAGUCCGUAAGGGAGCAGCAGCUGGGUACUUAGGCCACAAUCAGGAGUGGUACAUGCACAGUGGUGACCAAAACUCUUCUCGCUGGUCAGGUCACCAGCUGGGAGCUUUCCACAGCCAAGGCUCAGCUCAAAAUCCAGGAUAGAUUAUCUUGAUACUUGAUCCCUUUUUUUUUUUUGUUCUCUUCUGUCGCUGUCCUGCAGAGAGAGGUGAGCGGUCAGGGACACUUACAGAGCAGCAGCCAUGGAGCUGGGAGAGAUUCAUUGCGUUGCUCAAAGGCACUUCAGCAGGGUGGAUGCUCGGCAAAACUGCCAAGACUGCUGCCACAGCAGAGCAACCGGGAGGAGGGACUUUGCAGGGAAACUCUCCCCCCGACUCCUCCCACCUUUAACAAAGGACGUCUCCACUCUUACUACACAGCAUUUGAUUUUUUUUUAUUAUUGCAUUUAAUUCUGUUGCCCCUUCAACUGCCUACUCUCCCCAGUGCUGUGCCACUUGUGUUACUGCUGAAUUUGCACAACAAAGUUAAAUCAAAAGAGAGAAGAGGAUAUAUGAAUAUAUAUAGAUCUAUAAAUACAAACUUCUUUUUCUUUUUCAAACAAUUGAGAAUUUUUUUUUGUUUUUUUUUUUCCAUUUUAAUGUACAAAAGAUAAGUUUGAGAAUAGGAUUUGAUAUUUCCGAGAUGAAAAAUUCCGAGAAACACGAGGAAAAAGUCGUCCUGUGCCAUGUUUUCCGUUGAAUGUCGUUUAGUGCAAAGAGACUUCUUUUCGUUAGAUAAAAAUGUGCUAUUAUGAAAAUGUUGUCAUGCUUACUGACUGAAAGUGAGAGUUUAAAAAAAGAGAUAACCGGCGAAAAAAAACAACAGGUAUAUAUAUAUAUGUAUAUAUAUAUAUAUAUAUAGUAAAUAUGAUGAACACUUUCUAUAUUUCAUGAAGUCUUGGGGCAGUUUUGUGCUACAUCUGUGGCUCUAAAGGUAGUAAAAAGGACAAGUGAUGUUAUGAAAUGGCCGGUGAGCCGUUUGUUUAAAAGAAACCAAAUACAGCAGUUUUUAGGUGAAACAGAGAAAUCAUUUCUGUGGAGGGCCAGCCUCAUUGCUCUCUAGAGGCGUGAGACAGUCACCUAUACACUGAACCUGCUCAAGCUCGUUUUACAGACACUUCCCUCCUGUUUCAAACACGUGCCAUCCGAAAUGAAGGCUAGUUUUUGUGUGAAACAAAAAAAAAACAGUGAUUUUUUUUGUUUCUUUUUGUCUGCAGUGAAUACGGUAAAAGCUCAAGGCUCCACUUAUGAAAUGUGAAUGUGCUUUACGAAGCGAUAAUGAAAUGAAGCUUGAUUCACGUGAGUGUUUUUGUACCAGGUGAAGGCCUUUUUUUUUCUUCUUUGUGUGGUUUUACAGGGGUAUAAAAAAAAUAGUUAAGUACGUUAAGCUGCUCCACAUAAACUUGCAGCGACGCGAAAACAAAAAAAACAACGUGCGUUCAUUAACAAGACAUUCCUUUCUCCGGUGACUGUAAAAAGGGUUAAAAGACUAAUAAAGACGGUCCUGAUAGAUGGUAAACAAUCCAGGGUAAUGUUUACUAUACAGUAUGUUGUCGUCCAUCUAUUGAGAAGCAGAGUAACCGCCACAUCGGUGAAUUUCGAACAAAUCUCCUCUGCUUUUAUUUAUUUACAGAGAAAUAAGGUGAUAAGGAAGUGGGUCAAAUUUGACAACAUUACUGCUUUUAAGGAAACAGCUACGACAUUCUUCAUUCUUCCUCAUCAACAGUGCUUCCCUCAGAUUAGCUCACCCGUGUGGUCAAGUAGAGAGACUAGUUUAGAGAUUAGUUUGAUUAGCACAUGACCUGCAGAGACCUUGCAAACCAUUUAACCUUUAAAUGACCUCCCACCUUCUACACUAAGUUACUACAAACUUCCUUCUUUGAUGGUGGUGAUGGAGCAUUGUGACUGCAGUGAGUGCUGCUCUUUAGUACAAUCCAGCGCAGCAGAGAAAGCGCCUCGUCAUCAUUUCUAAGCAAUUUGGAGCAAAUCAUCUGCCUUGAGCUGUGCCUACACCUCAAAGAAACAUUUGAUGGUAUGAUGCUGAACACGUACAUGCUUACUUAGAUUAAUAGGUCAUCGAAAAAGACUUUUAUCAGUUCACGUCAUGUUCUUUUAUGAGACCGAACGUUGACGUGCCGCAACAGCAGACUUUCAAACCGAUACGGGUGUGAAUGGAAUGGUGACGUUCUGUUUUUGGACUUUCAAACCAAUUACGGAAAAUUGAGGUAAUCUCAACACCGAUUUAACAAUAGAGGAAUAAAAAAAAAAAAAACUUUUAUAAGAGUAGAAAUCAGCCAUGGUAGCACACGAGACAGGAGGAGAGGGAACUUAAUUAAAAUUUCUGUUAUUUCUAUCCAAACUGAAAAGUCCAAAUGUACCAAAUUGGAAAAGACACCAAUGUCCAAUGAACAGAUCCCAUCUAUGAACUAAUCAAUGUCGAUUAUAAGGAGAAGCAGAACAAAACAGCUCUGUUUUACAGAAAAUAAGCCUUAUAUUUCAGUUUUUUCAGACCCUUUGGUUUGUGUCUUUUGAGCAGCACUUCCUUCAGUCCAAACCUCGUGUUUGAAGUGACUGGAAAAUGAAAAUGAAGUUGUUAUGAGAAUGACAUGAGCUAUCAUUUCAUGUCACAGGAAGUAAUCACAUAGCGACAAACCAUAUCAUAUUAGCUACUGCAGGACGAUUAUGGUCUAGCUGUCGUGCGUUUUAAAAGAUUAGUAAGAAUAGAAUGAAUCAAAUGACAUGUCUUAGCUUCCUAAAAAAUUAUAUAUAUAUAUAUAUAUAUAUAUUCCCUACCAUUGCAACAUUAUUAUUUUCUUAUUGGAAAUUCCACUCCAUCUUCAUCCAUAACCGUUUGAAGGAAUGGCAACUCUUUGUGUUUUUGUUUUGUUUUUUUUCAAAUAUGACUUCCAAACCUGCAAAAACACAUUGCUGCUGACAAGUAAAAAGGUCCGAGACCAACAACAGUAUCUCAAUCUUGAUGGAUCAGGAUGUUUUAUGAAACCCUUUAAAAGUGCAGUGUACAUUUUAUUGUCGUUUAUUCUAAGAUACGGUGUUUCCAUCUGACAACGUAAUUGCGUUUUUGGACAGACUGAAACGCACUGUAUGUGCUUCCAUACUUGAACCACUGAUCUACACAGGGUAAAAAGAAACAUACAGGGCGGCUGACCAAAGCUUUCUUCACGCACAUCAGAAGAGAGGUUGACUCUGAUCCAUUCAUCUGCUUUUCAGUACUUCCACAACAAGGAUUUCCACACUCAGUUUUGUCGUAAAACAGAACAAAAGAAAAUAAAGGUUCCGUUGAUGUAUUUUAACGCAUGUACAGGCUCUCAUUAACACAUUUUGUUCCAUUUAACUGGAUGAAAGUCUGAGGAUGUGGAUCUUUGAUGUCUGGUGAAGAUUUCUGAAGAUGAUUUCAGUGAUCUGGGAAGAGUAAAAAGGCAUAUUGAGCCAUUGUUGAUGACUAGAAUGUGAAAAGAGAAAGAAAUGUUGAUGGUGGGAGAGAAGGGCCCACUUGGUCUCUGGUGCUUUUGUUUCUUAGCUUUGCUUCUUGUUUUCUGCUUCAUCUGUUGUUGGGGGGGGGGGAAGAUAAAAAGAAAAAAAAAAGACUUGGGCAGAGCAGAUGAAAUGCUUUGAAGGCAACGUUACCGCUUCAUUUUUCAUUCUGUUGCAUCUGUGGUAUUCACUUUUCUCCACACAGAAAAAAAGACAGUGAUGAAGAAAGAGAGGGAGAGAGAGACACAUUCUCAGAGACUGACCAACGCAGAACUGUCCCCCGUGCCUUGUCAGCCCCUUCCCAUAUGAAAUAUUUAUUUUUCCACAUAGUAGGAGUUCAAAUUGGUCAUAGAAAUAUAUUUUAAUGUACAUCUUGCCAACAGUUUAUUUAUCUGGAAGAACAAAGCAGACUUUUGUGAAACGUUCCCUCACGCGAGUGAAUUUAGGUUAAUAGCUUAGCUUUAGCCUACGUUUUAGCCUAGCUUAGUAAACAAUAUGUAAGAGCCUUCCUGGCUCUGUUUAUAAAGAAAUAAUGACACGUUCUAAUGCUGCGUUCACACACAGCAUAACACAUUAAGUGUGUAAAAUUAUUUCUCAAUAAUUUAACUUUAAAUAACAUUAAGUUUGAAGCUGGGAGAGAGUUAGCUAGGUUUUAGACUUAACGUGGAGCUGCUAGCCUGGUUCUCUCUUAUUUUGAUUUGAAUCUAUUCCGAAGUGUAACAGGAAUGUUCUGUUUCCCACAUGGGCUGCACCCUCCAACAUGACACCGCACAAACCGUAAUACGUCCCCCCCAUUUCAUCCACCAUUUCCGGCUUCAUGUCUCCCUUCAACUGCUCAAAUGUUUCUCAUCUUUUCACUUCCAUCCCCAACAUCCACACCUGCUGGGUUCGCUUUGAUUAAAGUACAUUUCAGAGGAGUACAGGAAAGAAAAUAUCUUGACACAGAUUAAGGGGAGAGAGAGAGAAGUAGAAAGGUAAAAAAAAAUAAACAAAAAAAAAAAACUUAAAAGAGUUUUAAUACUUUAUGAAUUCUGAUACCUUUUUAAGAGUUUCAGACUUGAAGCUGCUGUGACAGGUUUUGGCUGUUUCACGCCCGUGUAAAUAUUCUGCUCUUUCCUAUUUUGCAGAUUUAUUACGUGUAAAUAGACACGCAUCAAGGAGAGAUUAAACAUGUUUUUUUUGCUAAA